UUCUGUUUUCAGUUUUUCCAGCCACAGCCAAGGAAGGAGAGGCAGAGCGCUGCCUGGACAAAUCACUGGCUUUUCUCCUCCCUCGGAGCAGAGGCUGCUCUGUCUCACUGUCUCCUCCUCCAGAGAACGCUGCUGUGGGAAGCUUCUGUCAGAGCCGAGCAGAAGGGCAGAGGAUUCAAUCCAGGGGACAGGCCGAUCCAGCUGAGAUGGAUCCAUUCCCCGACCUGUACGCGACCCCUGGGGACAGUCUAGACCACUUCUUGGAAAACAGCCUUCAGCCUCAGAGGGACUGGAAGGAGGAAGGGCAGGACGCGUGGGAGAGACUCGAAAGGUUCUUUCGGGAACAGUGCUUCCGUGAUGAGCUGCUCCUGGACCAAGAAGUCACGGUGCAUAAGGUGGUGAAGGGAGGCUCCUCAGGAAAGGGGACAACGCUGAACCACAGAUCUGACCAAGACAUGAUUCUGUUCCUAAGCUGCUUUUCCAGUUUCAAAGAGCAGGAGAGAAACCGGGAGGCCGUCCUCGACUUCAUUAGGAGGAAGUUGAUUCAUUGUAGCAGAAGCCUGGCCUACAACAUCACUGUAGUUACAUACAGAGAGGGCAAAAGGACCCCGCGCUCCCUCACCCUAAAGGUCCAGUCCAGGAAGACUGAUGCCGUUAUUCAGAUGAAUAUCCUCCCGGCUUACGAUGCUUUGGGUCCCAGGGUUGCACGGAGAGAGAGGCUUCAUCAUAAUGAAUUCCUACCCAUCCUCUGGAAAACACCAGGAUCUUUGCCCAGGGACUCGAAACCAGCACCGGAAAUCUAUGAGACUCUGAUAAGAAGUAAGGGCUUCCCUGGCGACUUCUCGCCAAGUUUCACAGAGUUACAGAGAAAUUUUGUGAAAAGUCGCCCUGUUAAACUGAAGAACCUCCUGCGGUUGGUAAAGUUCUGGUACCUGCAGUACCUGAGAUGUAAAUAUAGAAGAGUAGCAGUAUUGCCCUCAAAAUAUGCUCUGGAGCUGUUGACCAUCUACGCCUGGGAACUGGGCACGGAGAGCAGUGACAACUUCAAUCUGGAUUAAGGCUUUGUGGCCGUGAUGGAGCUCCUCAGGGACUACCAAGACAUCUGCAUCUACUGGACCAAGUACUAUGACUUCCAAAAUGAGGUUGUCAGGAACUGUCUGAAGAAACAGCUGCAGGGAGAGCGGCCCAUCAUUCUAGACCCAGCUGACCCCACCAACAACCUCGGAAGAAGAAACGGAUGGGGACUGGUGGCCACAGAAGCUAUUUACUGCCUGCAGCAGGCCUGUUGCGUGACUGUGAACCCCAGGGAGCGCUGGGACGUACAGCGAGCGAGGGACAUUCAGGUGACAGUGAAACAAACAGGAGCAGAAGAUUGGACGCUCUGGACCAACCCCUACAGCCCCAUCAGCAAGAUGAAGGCAGAGAUCAGGAGGGAGACUGGGCUCUGCGGGGAGCUGCGCAUCUCCUUCCAGGAGCCUGGAGGGGCGAGGCAGCUGCUCAGCAGCCGAAAGACCCUGGCAGAUUAUGGAAUAUUCUCUAAGGUGAACAUCCGGGUGCUGGAGACCUUUCCUCCUGAGAUCCAGGUCUUUGUGAAGUAUCCCGGUGGCCAGAUCAAGCCUUUUGCCAUCCACCCUGAUGAUACGAUCUUAGACCUGAAAGAGAAGAUCGAAGGAGCCGGAGGCCCUUGUACGGAGGAUCAGGUGCUGCUGUUGGACGAGGAGGAGCUGGGUGAGGAUGACAGCCUCGCAGAGCUUGAGAUCAAAGACUGUGACACCAUCGAGCUCCGCAGAGCAAGCGACUCCUAGCCUGCCUGGCUGAUCACGCCAGUGCCUCCCCACCCCAUCCCUAGACUCUGACAUGUUCUUUCUGUAGCAUAAAUAUCAACAUCUCCUUCUCGUGCUUAAAACACUCCUGUGUUUUCCCAUAAUACAGAAUGGAGUUCGAAUUUCUCUUCCUAAUAGUCAGGGUCUUUAAUAGAAUCAAGCUGAACCCAACUCACUUCCCCUACCCCACUCUAAACACUCAAUUCACACCAGAUGCCGAGUGACACGGUGACUCACACCGAGCAUCGAGUCAUGCUGAGUACCGAGAGCCCAGUCGCAGCAAGUGCCGGUCACACGGAGUGCGAGUCACACUGAGGGCCGAGUCACACCGGAUACCAAGUGACACUAGUCAUACCGAGUGCUGGAUCAUACCAAGCAUCGAGUCACACCAAAUAUCGAGGUCCGUGUUACACUGAGGGUCGAGUCACGCCUCUGUCACUUUGCCUCUGCUAUCUUUUCUUCCAGCAGGUGUUUCUGUCUUUCUGUAAGUCACCAAAUCUCAGAGAGCAGACCCCAGACCUACAGAUUCCUCACCUCUCCUGAAACCUAGAAGAGAAAACUAACCCAGGCCAGAUGUCCCACUGACACUCCGCGGUCCCUGGCUUAACAAGUCUUCCACAUCAUUCCGCGUGCUCCUGUGUGAAAACAACUACUCUCCCGCCCGUGCCACAGGCCGAGUUGUCUUGUGUCCCCUCCCUCUCCCUUCCCCACCUUAGACUCCUGGGAACGUACGUGGGACCUUAAUCAUGGUUUGUUAGGUCUAGCUCCCUUGUCUAAUCAGACUUGAUCGUUUUUAAUGCCUUAGGCCUUGUACUCUAGGAUGGUACCAAUCUAGUGUCAGUGUUUGACAUGUGCUUAUUAAAUAAAGAAGCGAAGGAAGAGUG